AUGGCUUUGGAUCUCAGGAAAUCUGUUCAUCGUGAAAACUCCAGUGAUGGUACUGGGUCAGAAAAUCAGGAGUUUCAACCCACCCAUGGACUCGGUGUGCAGAAUGGAGAGGGGAUCUCAGGAUUCCAGGACACUCAGCUCAGUUUAUUACAGUACAGCAACAUCUCAUAUGCAAGCCAGGAGCUACAAAGACUCCAGAGAGUAUUUCACUUGUGGCUCCAGCCAGACAAGCAGAGCAAGGAGGAAAUGAUUUCCCAGUUGGCCCUGGAGCAGUUUCUUAUGAACGAGCACUGCAGAAAUCCCUCUGCUUUGAAACAGAAAUGGCAUUCAAGUGGCAGAAACCUGGAGAAAUUCAUGGAAAGCCUGACCAAUGAUUGCAUGGAACCACCUAAUUAUGUCCAUGUCUGCAUGCAGGGACAGGAAGGCCUCUUUUUGGAAAAUAUGCCCUUGCGAGAUGUCAUCUAUCAACUCAACAGACAGUUGUCAGCGAACACCCCUACAGGGGAGAAUGUGGAAACUUCUCAAGAUCCUCCCAUGCCAACAAGACAAGGAGGGAAUGAGAAGGAAGACACCCGAAACAUAGAUGAUAAUCUCUGGCCUACACUAGGGAUUAUCAAACCUGAAGACAGAGCUCCUUCUCGGGACAACCCUGAAAACGCCACAGGAACAGAGCCAGGCCCCUCUGAGAUCCAGGAAGGGGCCUUGGGAGGACAUUCUGAAGACGUUCCUAUGGAGUUAGAAUCUAGAUUUCUUUCCAGUUUGGAUCAUGUCACACCUGAGCCUGACUUUGCCCAUCAGACCAAUGAGGAGAAUACUCCAGGUGGGGAGCAGCAAGAAAAUGCAAAACCUUAUAGAUGUGAGGAGUGUGCCAGAAUCUUUACUUAUCCGUCUCAGUUACAAGCCCACCAGAGAAGGCACAAGAACGAGAGGCCAUUUACUUGUUCGGAAUGUGGCAAAGGCUUUUUUCAGAAGUCAGACUUGAAUGUACACAAGGCCAUUCACAGAAACGAGAAACCCUACCAAUGCGAUGAGUGUGACAAGUCGUUUAGCCACAGAACCAACCUGAAGGCUCACCAGAGAAUCCACACGGGAGAGAAGCCCUAUGUGUGUUCCAUUUGCAGGAGAAGCUUUCGUCAGUCAUCCACCUAUAACCGCCAUGUCAAACUUCACAAGAAAGAUGCCCUCUAA